GUUUAUUUUCUAGGGUUUUACUCUUCCGCCUCAAUUCGCUCUUCCCAGGAUACAAGUAUACACUCCAAUUUGCUACUUUGGUGAACCAUUCUUUGUUCCUUCAGACGUCCACACAUAAUGGCACCUACUAAUUCCCCUUCUGCCGUUGAAAGAGAGCAGAUAUUUGGGAUGGCAGAGAAAGAGAUGGAGUACAGGGUGGAAUUGUUUAACAAGCUUACCCAUACAUGUUUCAAAAAGUGCAUUGAGAACAAGUAUAAGGAAUCUGAGUUGAACAUGGGUGAAAAUAGUUGCAUUGACCGGUGUGUUUCUAAAUACUGGCAGGUGACUAAUCUAGUUGGACAGCUUCUUGGUAGUGGUCGUCCUCCUAUGUAAGAGUGUCCUUCAACAUCUCUCCAUGGAUGAUAAGAAGAAGUAAAAAAGUACAACUGCGUUUUCCCCCAUCUAUCAUUUAGAAAACAACACUAUAACUUGUAGACUUGAGAAAACCUCUUGCUAUUCUUUUAUGCCUCCAUGUUUACUGACAGCAAGAUGCAACUUAUAAGUGCAUCCCUACUAAGAGUUUUUUCAUGGUUUUUAGUAUGAGUUGGAGGUGAGAUUGAGUGAUUUGGAGGGGAGAGGGGAGAGGGGAAAUUGUAUUUGCAAUAAACAAAAGGGUUUUUGUGGUCCCUAGGAAGAGAGAAAAGAUAUGCAAAUAUGUUAUGGUCAUUAUGGCUGAGUGGUCUAAGGCACCAGGCUCAAGUUCUAGUCCUCAUUAGAGAGCGUGGGUUCAAAUCCCACUUUUGAAUUCAAAAUCACUAGUCUCUUA